AUGAAAAAUCAUAUUCAAGGUUCCAAAAACUCAAAAUCCAUAGCCGCCUCAUGUUCAAAUGGGUCAAAUACACAGUCCUACAACUAUGGUUCUUUCGUUUCCAAUGGAAUUCGUGAGCUGCCAAAUUGUGCUUGUGGUUUGAAACCUGUGAUGCGCACAGUGACAAAAUGGGGUCCGAACAGAGGAAGAAAGUUUUGGGGUUGUAGGAAUUUUGUGAGUAUUGCAGAGAUGCUUCGCUUAAAUGUUCCAAUGGCAAUGAAACUGGCAUUUGAUGGUUUAAAAGGUUCAGUGUAUAAAACAAGAGACGCUGCUAUAGAUGAUGUUGGUGGGUUUGAUAGUGUUGAGUUAUUGGUGCUUCUUUGCAAUGAUGAGUUUAUACGAAAACUUAACAAGGAAUGGAGAGAUGAAGAUCAUGCUACCAAUGUUCUCUCAAUGUCACAGCAUGUACCUGGACUCAACCUUCCUAUUCUUAUGUUGGGUGAUAUUGUCAUUUCUCUUGAGACAGCAGCAAGGCAAGCCGAGGAAAGAGGCCACACUCUUCUUGAUGAGAUUGGUAUCCUCAUGGUCCAUGGUUUGUUACAUCUUUUGGGAUUUGAUCACGAAAUAAGCGAAGAGGCUGAAGUAGAAAUGGAGAAAGAGGAGGAACUCCUUUUGAAGAGUCUUGGUUGGAAAGGAAAAAGGCUAAUAAAAAGUGCAUAUGAUGCUAUUGCUGACACAAAUUCAAAUUAUCACCAAACCAGUUCAGAUGAUAGGAAGAAAGAAGGCAGUCUUAGAUUUUACAAACCAAAGUUCAGCUAUAUCUUCUGUGACAUGGAUGGAACAUUGCUGAACAGCAAAAGUCAAAUUUCUGCUUCAACUGCCAAGGCUUUGAGAGAGUCCUCAGAAAGGGGUGUGAAAAUUGUGAUAGCCACCGGAAAAGCUCGUCCAGCUGUGAUAGAUAUUUUUAAGAUGGUGGAUUUAGCCGGAAAAGAUGGCAUUGUUUCAGAGUUCUCUCCUGGGGUUUUCUUGCAGGGAUUGCUUGUUUAUGGUAGACAAGGUCGGGAAAUAUAUAGGAGCACUUUAGAUCCAAAUGUGUGUAGAGAGGCAUGUCUUUAUUCUUUGGAGAGUAAGAUUCCACUUAUUGCAUUUUGUGAAGGCCGCUGCUUAACCCUUUUUCAUGAUCCACUUGUUGAUUCACUUCAUACAAUAUACCAUGAACCGAAGGCUGAGAUCAUGCCAUCCGUUGAACAUCUUCUGGCUUCUGCAGACAUUCAGAAAAUGAUUUUCUUAGACACUGCCCAGAGUGUGGCUGAUACAUUACGGCCUGUUGUUCAAGCUGUGCCAGAUAUGCUGGAGAUCGUACCCUUGGGAACAUCUAAAGGGAGUGGAGUAAAAGUUUUGCUUGAUCAUUUGGGGGUUACUACUAAGGAGAUAAUGGCUAUUGGUGAUGGGGAAAAUGAUGUAGAGAUGCUUGAGAUGGCUUCUUUAGGCAUAGCACUCAGUAAUGGAUCAGAGAAGACCAAAGCUGUGGCUAACGUAAUUGGUUUAAGCAACGACGAAGAUGGUGUAGCCGAUGCCAUCUAUCGGUAUGCAUUCUGAGCAUCUAAAGGCUACUACAAUCAUUGCAUCUCCUUCAUAUAGGGGGGGUUUAAGCUAAUACCCCUGAUUAUUUUUUGGCUUCCAUUUUUUUCCUUCACAAGAUUAAAGAUGAAGAAAUAUAUCAUGUCAUUUAUACUAGUCAUUAAAAUGAGUAACUAAUCCUUCUUUCAUUAAGGUUACAUUGGUUUCAUGUCGAAAGGCAUGGCCACUUUGCUUCCC